AUGAGAGAUUAUUCAUUUAGAAUUGGAAACGCAUUCAACGUUUUGCGCAACCAUCUUCCAAAACAAUUAAGAGAUCGUAAACCUUCAAAAGCUGAGACUUUGAAAUCGGCGACGCAAUAUAUUUUGCAUUUGUUGCAAAUACUCGACGCGGAAUUGAACGGUGAAUCAGGAAAUAUAAUAAAACAACAUGUUGCUAACAGCUUCACUGUUUCAACCAAUAACGUUGGAUAUCAAAAAGGUGUUUGGAAUCCCCCAGAAUGUAUGCACGCUUGUGACUCUCAUCAACCUAUGAACCGAAUAUUAUAA